ACAAGAUGCAGCUUUUCUCCCUUUCUCCAUUGCCCAUCGUUUCAUACUCUCUUUCCUUGAAAGCUUUAGGGUUAAUAUCUUGUAAAUUCUCCUCUAUUUAGGGCUCUUUCUUCAUUGUUUGUUAUAUAUUCCCAUCUUUGUAGACAUUAUUAUGUAAAUACACUAGUUCAGUUCCUCCUCCUUUACUAUAAAUUCCAAUCAGAUUUUGAUUUUGAAUCUUUGAAUUCCCUCCGUUUCCUCUCUGUACAGACAGACAAGUUAGAUACUUUUCUUCUGGUUGUGUCACUUUUCUGAAACUUGGUAUCGGUGAAUAGUAACUAGGUCGGUGAAAAAGGGGAAAGUGAUUUGGGUAUCUGAAAAUCAUUGGGCUGUCCAGAAAUUGCUUCCUGUUUUCUGAAAGAGCUUAUAAAUAAUUAGGUUAUUCUGCAGAAUUGGUUGGGGUUAUUCGAGUAUAUCUGAAAAAAAUUUCUUAUUCCUUGAGCUGGGAAUCUCUAAUCCAACUGUAGAAGAAGCAGACGCUGCAAGUUAUCGAGCAUGGCGGUUUCGACUAUAGCUUUAUACGGCAGCCCUCCAAGCAGUGUUUGUUCGACACCGCACUCCUGCCAGAUCAAUGGGCAUGCGUCUGACUUAGAAUUGGGGUCUCGAUCUUCUUCGUCGUCUUCGAAUACGGCAUCCACGUCUCAGAAGUCAUUAAUGGGUGGCCUUUCCUGCUUGUUCUCUUCACCGACGGUUAAGCAUGCUCCGUUAUCGAGCUUAUCUGGCGGAGGAGAAGAACUGGGCACUUUGAGGCACGACCGAGUGGAAGAAUUGAGCAGCUCCUUUUCGUAUUCUCCGAGUAAGUUUGCUGGUUCUUCUUGGAAAAGGGAACCGAGUCCAGUUUCGGUCUUCCAAGGACCAAUUUCUAGUAGCAGUAGCGCUGUCAGUGGGAAUAUGAGUUACCAGACCUCAAUUCGAGGUGGGACAUCUAAAAUGUUCGAUGGGUUUGUGAGAAAUGCAGUAGGAAUCUGCUUAGAUCAUGAUUCGCCAAGUGUUGAGGUUUCUCGUGGUGGCUUAGAUUUGGCUUCAUCUGCGUUAGAGGAUGAAUUGACCUUCAAUUUUGAAGAUGUUUUUGUGGGGGAUAGAUCUGAGCCAUACGCUAAAGAGUUGCUACGGGAUGCCCAAUUGAGGCACAAAAUCUUUUGUGAAGACGUCGUAAUCAAGGCUUUUUAUGAAGCCGAGCAAGCCCACAGAGGGCAGAUGCGAGCUUCUGGUGAUCCAUAUUUGCACCAUUGUGUGGAAACAGCAGUUCUUCUCGCCUUGAUUGGUGCCGAUUCCACAGUUGUUGCUGCAGGGCUUCUGCAUGACACCCUUGAUGAUUCCUUUGUGACAUACGAUUAUUUAUUGAGGACGUUUGGUACUGGGGUUGCCGAUUUAGUUGAAGGGGUUUCUAAGUUGAGCCACUUAAGCAAGCUUGCACGGGAUAAUGAUACUGCUAGCAAAUCAGCUGAGGCAGACCGACUGCAUACUAUGUUCCUUGCCAUGGCUGAUGCAAGAGCUGUCCUUAUUAAAUUGGCAGAUCGGUUGCAUAAUAUGAUGACACUAGACGCAUUGCCAUUAGAAAAGCAACAAAGGUUUGCAAAAGAGACCUUGGAGAUUUUUGCACCUUUGGCUAAUCGCUUGGGAAUAUCUAGUUGGAAGGAACAGUUAGGAAAUUUGUGUUUUAAGUACCUCAACCCAGACCAAUACAAGGAGCUGUCAUCAAAGCUUGUGGAGUCAAUUGAUGAUGUUAUGAUCACUUCUGCCAAAGAGAAAUUAGAGAAAGCAUUGCAGGAUGAAGGCAUUUCUUAUCAUGUCCUUUCCGGGCGGCACAAGAGCUUGUAUAGUACUUAUUGCAAAAUGUUGAAAAAGAAGCUAACCAUGGAUAAAAUCCAUGAUAUUUAUGGGCUGCGCUUGAUUGUUGACAACGAGGAAGACUGCUAUAGAGCCUUAAGAGUUGUUCAGCAUCUAUGGUCUGAGGUGCCUGGAAAGCUGAAAGAUUACAUAAGUCACCCCAAGUUCAAUGGGUAUCAAUCUCUGCAUACUGUAGUGAUGGGUGAUGGCAAAGUUCCAAUUGAAGUACAAAUUAGGACGAGAGAGAUGCAUUUGCAAGCAGAAUUUGGAUUUGCUGCACAUUGGAGAUAUAAGGAAGGUGAUUGCCAGCAUUCUUCAUUUGUACUUCAGAUGGUUGAGUGGGCUCGAUAUGUUGUGACUUGGCAUUGUGAGACGAUGAGUAAAGGUCCUUCAUCUGCUGGAUAUGCUGAUUCAAUCAAGCCAGCAUGCAAGUUUCCUUUUCAUGCGGAUGGUUGUCCAUAUUGCUAUAAACCUCAUUCUGGUCAGGAUGGUCCUGUUUUUGUAAUCAUGAUUGAGAAUGAUGAGAUGUCUGUCCAAGAGUUCCCUGCAAACUCAACAGUAAUGGAUUUGUUGGAAAGAGCUGGGCGUGGAAGCUCUAGAUGGACCCCACAUGGAGUUUCACUGAAGAAGGAAUUGAGGCUAAGGCUGAACCAUGAGCCUGUAAGUGAUCCAGCAUGCAAGUUGAAGAUGGGAGACGUGGUGGAGCUUUCUCCGGCCAUACCCGAUAAGUCGCUAACAGAGUAUCGGGAAGAAAUCCAGCGUAUGUAUGACAGAGGCUUAACAAUAUCAAGCUUAGUGCCUGCUGCUGCUGCUGCAAGUGGCACGGCUGGCUCAACAAGCUGACCUUUGGUGUUUGCAUGUAUGCCAGUACAUCAUGUUGUGUUGUGACAAUUGUUGUAUGUGAAUAUGGAUGUAAAUGUCUUUUGGUAGGGACUCACUGACUUGAUCCGACUAUGUGCUGCUGAAUGAUUGAUAAUAUGUAUUGUUCCUCUUAAAUUUGUCACAGCCCAUAUGGUUUUAAGGUUUGCGUGGUUC